AUGAAUACUGACCGAAGAAAGGACGAUGUAUGGAAAUAUUUUAUUGAAGUCCCUCAAACCAAAAAUACUAUGAAAAGUAAAAGAUCAGUAUGUAAAAAAUGCAAAAUGGAAAUGAAUGCAUUAGUAGCACGGAUGAAGACUCAUUAUUGUGAAACGUGCUGUGGUCUAAACCUUAGUGAAAAUGAUUUAAAUUCAAUUGAUCAAUCGAUAGAUUUACCAGAAAGUUCACUUGAAGAUACUGUAGAAGUUAUCCAGCCAUUACAAAAGCAACAAUUCCUAGCAAAUAGAAGUAUGACAAGUUCAAGUUCGUCAAUCAAUAAGUUUGUGGUGCGUACAUCAGAGGCCCACAGAAGGAAACUGGAUAUGCAAGUAGCUAAAUUUAUUUUUGGUACUAACACGUUAUUUCGGGCAGUUGAACAUGCUGAAUUUUUAAAAUUGAUUACGAUGCUACGACCUGGCUAUACACCUCCAAAUAGACGUAAGGUAUCAGAUGAACUAUUAAACAAUGUGUUUGAUUCAUUUACACUGGAAACUCAAAUGCAAUUGAAUGGUAAAACCGUAUGCAUGGCCUUAGACGGCUGGUCUAAUAUACGCAAUGAGUCGAUUGUUUGCGUGUGUGUUACAGAUAUGAUUAAUAAUGUGGUCUAUCUAAUAGAAACUAUUGAUACCAAGGAUAACAGUCAUACAAGUGAUUACUUAUUAUGUUUAACAGAAACACCAAUUGAAAAAUGUGAAAGUUUUGGUUGUAUUAUUGGUAGCGUAGUAACAGAUAAUGCAGCAAACAUGAAAAAAAUGAGACAAGAGUUAGCUACAUCAGUAGAUAAAACCAUUUUUUCAAAAGUGAAUGAUGUCAAUGUCAAGCAUAAUUCUAGUAUUUAUUUAAUAAAAUUAAAAAAAAUUGCUAUUUCAUUGGAUCAAGUUCGGAAAGAUAACUGUACCACUGGGGAAGCAUGUUAUAUUUGGUUAACACUAAAAGCAUUUUUUGAAACUGAAGCAUACGAUAUGGAAGUAUUAGAAGCGUUUAAUCAUGGCUUUGACAUGGCAUUAACAGAAUAUCAUUAUAUUGCAAAUAUUUUAGAUCAUCGAUUUAUUGGAUCAAAACUUGGUCAAGAACAAACUGACUCUGCAAUGGAUUAUAUUCAUCACUAUCAUCCAAAUAUUAUGUCAGAGGAAAUGCUAACCAUAGCUAAAAGACUACAUUCAACCGUUGCCUCAUCUGCAGGAAUUGAAAGAAUUUUUUCAUCAUUUGGAAUUGUCCACACAACUUUAAGAAAUAGACUAGGUGUGGAAAAAUCCUCAAAAUUAGUUUCUGUUUUUAAAUCCUUAAACCCGAAACAAUAA